AAAAAAACUAUUUUUAAAUUUCUUAAUAAAGUUAUCUCCUUGAAAAAAUAUGUGAAAUAUGUUAAGAUUUUCAUAAUGAAGAUAAAUUAUUACUUUGUGAUUAUUGUGAAGAUGCUUAUCAUAUAUAUUGUUUAAAUCCUCCUUUAAAUAAUGUACCGGGAGAAGAAGAAGAUUGGUUUUGUAGUAUAUGUAUAUAAUAAAAGUAAGAAUAUGAGAAAUAAAAAUUAAACAAAAAUAUUAAUGGGUAGACUUGUUUGGAUUAAUAUUAAUUUAUUAAAGAUUGUAAAAAUAAUGAAAAAAUAUUGAUUUGUUCAUAUUGUAAUGGAAAUAAAUUAACUAAUAAAUAAUCAAUAAUACUUGAAGAAAGUGAAAAAUGUAUGAAAUGUUAAAAAAUAUACCAUAAAGCAUGUUUUAAUUAACGAAAAGAUUCAAUAAUAUGUUUUGACUGUUAAUAAUAAAUAAAAAAAACUAUCCCUAAUAAUCAAAAAACACUAGAUUAAUAUUUUUAAUAAAGUUAGUAAUUAAUUUAUAAAAAUGUUCCUUUAAAAUAUAUUAUGAAUAUAGAAAAUUCUUCAAAAAAAUAAAAAGAAUAAGAACCUUAUUUAUAAAAAUAAAAUGAGGAAAA